UUGCACACAAGCGCACACACAUAGACACAUCCAUAUUGGGAAUUUAAUGAACUGUACAGCAGUAGUCAGACCGAUUGUGAGUUUAUAUUGGCUGCGAUUGCUGUUGAAUGACUGUGUAAUGUGAGAAUUAAUCAAAUUUUAGCAGGUCAUCAUGAAGGUGGACGACAAGCUUCAGAUUCUGAAGUUCUUGGCAUCAGUUGUCAACUGUGUUUUCCUAAUUCUGGGACUGUGUCUUUUUGGAUGUGGAAUAUGGCUCCUGUUCGACAAAAACAAUUUCGUAACUGUUCUGAGCACCGAUGAUGUAAGAAUUGUGGCAGGAGGUCUCUUCAUCAUUGGUCUGGUGGUGGUAGGAGUGACUAUUUUGGGAUGUAUAGGAACCCAACUGGAGAACAGGUGUUUUCUACUCCUGUUCAUGGGCUUCCUCUUCUGCAUUGUUCUCGGUCAGCUGUUUGUCACCGUCAUCCUUUUGUUAAAAUGGAAGAAGAUAGAAACCACGAUGUUGGGGGCAGUGAACAAGACCAUCCAUGAAUAUGGAUCCAGCUCAGUUGAUCGAGUGUAUUGGGAUGAUGUGCAGCAUUACGGGAAAUGCUGCGGCUUGACUGGUCCUAAUGAUUGGCAGACAAACUUGCUUGUGACUAACAGCAACCUAUCAGAGGUGUAUCCUUGUUCCUGUUUCAACACAACAGCUUGUCCGUUCAUCUCCGGAUAUAGUAAACUAUUUGGAAAUGGAAAUGAAACACACUUCUAUCCAGAGGGUUGUCAAGUGAAAAUCACCAGUUGGCUGGAGGCCAACAUUUUAACAAUAAUGGGCAUGGACAUGGGCCUUUUAUUCAUUCAGAUCCUCCAGUUUGUAGUGUCAGUCUACCUGUACCAGACCGCUGGUAGGAAAGACCAGAUAAGAAACGAGAGUCCGCUGAUUCACUCAGAGGACCGUGGUGACCCAAACACUAAUAAUCCUGACUACCAAAACCUAAACGACGCCUAUUACGAAACAAACCAGGCCUACGGAAACACAAACCUUGCUUAUCCUGAGCAAAUCCUUGCCAACCCUGAACAAAACCUUGAUUAGCCUGAAGACAAGCUAGCCCCGAUGAUCUUCAACAGACCUGCUCCUGACCACACCCUGUCUACCACCGCUAACCAGCACAGAUGAAUGAUUACCAACAGACCUGCUCCACACCAAAGCAUGUUGGCCAACAAUAAAUAGGACCACUGUAAGGGGAAAAGGCUCUAACAUGGAAUCACUGCGACUUGAUAAUACGCCGUUACCAGAGCCUUAAGCCUUUUGAUGUGUUUUGCAUUGACAAUGAGAAACUUCUCAUCUUAAACGUUUUAACUGUUUUUCUACUACAUUCCUCUAUGUGACUGGUCCUCCUGACAUUAUCGUGAACUUGUUCUGUAAUGUAAAACCAGGCGUUACACAGAUAUUUAGAAAUGUUCAGAACAAAUCAUCUACUGUACAUGCUCGUCAACUGAAAAUAACUUCCUCUCCGAUUACCUAAGAGUGGUUGUAAAGUCACAGAUUAUAUUAUAUUGUGCAAAUUACAGAUCAGAUCUAAUUUGGGUUUAUGGUGCAAAAAUAUAAUUACAUGGCUAAUAUAAUUAAAGGGCCUUAAAGGUAUAUCGCAACACCCCUAUUUUGGAUAGCCCUGCCAAAAUGGAUCACCUUCUCAGCUGAAAGAGCUCAUCCAAUGUAAUACUAGUGGAGUAUGUUGAUGGAUGACAGGGGAAAACAGAUGUCCCUAAAACCUAUUUACUAAUAAAGAUGUGUCCAAUUUU